UCUCUCUUUGCAAAAGAUUAACCUUUGAUGGGACGCUCGGGAGCGAGCAGCCCUCCCCUCCCCUCCCGCUCCAUCCCAACCCACCUGUGAGCAAGACAUGGGCAACUGUGUCAAGUCGCCGCUCAGAAACCUGUCGAUCAAGAUUCGGCAGGAGGACAAAAGCAGCUACAAAGUAGUGAGGAACAGCCGGGACAAAGUGUCGGAAGGGACGGCGGCGCCACCUCCCCCUGCAGCCGACGGCUACCAGGAGCCCCUGCUGGCCCUCACUCACAGCUGCGCCCUUAUGCACAACCUCCUGGGGCCCGCCUGCAUAUUCCUCAGGAAAGGCUUCGCCGAGAGGCAGGCUGACAGAGAACUAGGAGCAGAAGAAAUUGAAGAGCUAAGAGACGCGUUCAAAGAGUUUGACAAGGACAAGGACGGCUUAAUCGGCUGCAAAGAUCUGGGCAACUGUAUGCGGACCAUGGGCUACAUGCCGACUGAGAUGGAGCUGAUCGAACUCUCCCAGCAGAUUAACAUGAACCUGGGCGGCCAUGUUGAUUUUGAUGACUUUUUGGAACUGAUGGGACCCAAGCUCUUGGCAGAGACCGCUGACAUGAUCGGUGUGAAAGAGCUACGGGAUGCUUUCAAGGAGUUCGACACAAACGGGGACGGUGAGAUCAGCACCACGGAACUUCGCGAAGCCAUGAAGAAAUUACUCGGCCAACAGAUUGGACACCGGGAUAUUGAAGAAAUACUGAAGGACGUGGAUUUGAACGGGGACGGGCGCGUUGACUUUGAAGAGUUUGUCCGCAUGAUGUCUCGUUGACCAAGAGGAUGUCACCUUCGGGGCAAAAGGUGGCAUAUAGCCACCAAACGACACAGACUACUGCUGUGUCUUCACACUGUUCUUGAAACUAUUAAACAGCCUUGCCGCCUCCAGAGCAAAACCAUUUUCGUUCCAAGCUUCUGAAGAAAUGCUAAGUGUCCCAACAUGCCGGGGCAUUGUGUUACGAACUGAAAUCAACUCUUUCUACUCCUCCGCUGCUUGGAUCCAACAUUAAACACCAUCCCAGGAUCAUACACUAGUGAUCGCCACCGAGGAGUGUACAUGUGGACGUGGUGGUGAGAUUAUUCUUUAAGUGUGCAAUGCUCAAAAUAAAAUCAGUAACAUAACUGACGGGUGAAAUAUUAAGUUGUAACGAGCUGUUUCACAGUUUGUCCGUCUUCUCUGAGGCUUUGCGGGCUUUGGCCUUUAGCUGAGCGGAAUAUCAAGGGCAAGAAUUAUUUUGUUGUGUUCAUUAAUCACAGUGAUGCCCUUGGGUUCUGUUUGUCUCUGCGCGCUGUUAAUGCAAUGUUCAAACAGACCAGUUGAGAGUUGCAUUGAAGUACUCGAGACGAGAAAUGGGUGGAUUCUCGCAGUAACCAAAGUCCUGACGUAGCUUCAUGGAGGGAAGGAGCCCCUCCCCCCCCCUCCCCAGCUGUUGUUCGAUGGUGCGGUGAUCAGUUGGGGUAUGAAGUCCCAGGAUAUCACGCUGAUAAAUGCAAUGGAAAGGCACCACAACGUUCCCGCUUACUGCGAGCACUGGAGAUCAUGCAGGGAGUGACCCGCAUCUUGACCAAGGGUUUGGUUUGGAUUAAACACUCCCAGCCAUGUCCAUUGACAAUGUGGAUAUUGUGGCCUCAAGUCCCAAACAGAACAGUGACAUUCUUACUUACAACAGGAUACUAUGUAAACAUGGUAACGCAUUGGAAACAGAUUCAUCGUGAAUUUCAGAAGGCAAUUGGAAGAAGUGAAGGGUGCACAGCGAAAGGAGAGGUGUGUGACAACUAAGAGUUGGCUAGCUCAUUCACUACGAGCCGACACGACGCAAACUUAAAGGCCCUCCUGUGCUCUGUGAGUCUACUCUGCUUCAAGGUCAGGGAUGUUAACGGCAGAAUUCCUCCUCCUUUCCAUGCACCAACCUGCCUUAGAUUGCUGCACACUCAGCGGUGGUGAAGCUGGAAUGAAACGCUCAAGAAUAUCCCAUCAACUUCUUCACAGCCUGGUUGCUCUCGGUCUCCUGUUGCCACGAGCACAUUAAGGAGGGAGAUUCAUUCUGGACGGGUUGAAGCUGCUGCACAAACUUCAAUGUUGCCGCUUUGCAUGCACCCCUUCUUCCCCAAACACCAAGAGAGAACUUUGUCACAACUCACUCCGGUUAUCUCCCUCGGAAAUGGACAGUGAAUGACUCGAGAUCAGGGGGUUAAGGAGUUGUCUACAAUGAUCAAACAUUUGAGUGAUUUCGAAGGAAUGAUGGAUGAGAGGCAGUUCCUUCUUCUGCAAUUAUAUUAUGCUUGCAAUUGCAAACUAAAUGUUAUAACUGUUCCAUCAGCGAGUAGUGGGGAUUCUGUCUUCUGUAAAGUGUAGGAAGGAACUGCAGCUGCUGGUCAACACCGAAGAUAGACACAAAAUGCUGGAGUAACUCAGCGGGAUAGAGCGGAGACAAGGAAACUUUUUCUCACAGAGAGCUGUGAGUCUGUGGAAUUCUUUGCCUCAGAGGGCGGUGGAGGCCGGUUCUCUGGAUACUUUCAAGAGGGAGCUCGAUAGGGCUCUUAAAGACAGCGGAGUCAGGGGAUAUGGGGAGAAGGCAGGAACGGGGUACUGAUUGGGGAUGAUCAGCCAUGAUCACAUUGAAUGGCGGUGCUGGCUCGAAGGGCUGAAUGGCCUACUCCUACACCUAUUGUCUAUUGUCUAUUGAUAGGCAGCAUCUCCGGAGAGAAGCAAUGGGUGACGUUUCGGGUCGAGAUUCAACCUGAAACAUCACCCAUUCCUUCUCUCCAGAGAUGCUGCCUGUCCCGCUGAGUUACUCCAGCAUUUUGUGACUGUCUUGUGCAAGGCUGGCCUCUGAAAUGCUGUAUUCUGGACAGAGGAGGUGAGUUCUACAAUUUGAAUAUAAUGUGCUAACCAUAAUGCACAUGUAAUGCACGAAACAAACUGAGACUUUUGUAGCCUUCAGAAUUCAAGGCGGGUUUAGUUUUAAUUUUGAGAUUCAGCGCAGAAACUGGCCCGUCAGCCCACCGAGUCCGCGCCGACCAGCGAUCCCCUCACACUAACACUAUCCUACACACACUAGGGACAAUUUACAAUUUUACCAAGUCUACAGACCUGUAUGUCUUUAGAACGUGGGAAGAAACCGGUGAUCCCGGAGAUAACCCACGCAGGUCACGGGCAGACUCCGCGCAGACAGCAUCCGUAGUCAGGGAUCGAAACCCGGGUCUCUGGUGCUGUCAAGCAGCAAUUCUACCGCUGCAUCACUGUGCCGCAGGUCUUGAUAUUAAAAGGCCAACUUUAGCUCAACAACCUGGCAGUGAUUUGCUUUUCCUCAUUUCCUCUAAGGUUGGGAGUGGACGAUGAUCCAGGUCAAAAUGUUUCAAAAGAAACAUAACAGAGCGUUUUCUGAAAGUAUUUGGAAGAAUUCUGAUGUUAACGUUCCAUUGACAAAGGUGAUGCCAUCGUAGACACAGAUUGCUGGAGUUGCUCAGCUGGUCAGGCAGCAUCUGUGGAGAAGUCUACUUUCAAUAUCUCCAGAGAAGCUGCCUCGACUGCUGAGUUACUCCAGAUUUCAGGAAGCAUUUCCCCAUAUCAGAGGUGGAUAAAAUUGGAUACAAUUGGUUUGCGGGUGGAGGGAAAGAGAUUCAGAGGCCGUGCGAAGGGGACGUUCUUCACCCAGAGUGUGGUUAGUGCCAGAACGCACCUUUGGAUGAUCAGCCAUGAUCACAUUGAAUGGCGGUGCAGGCUCGAAGGGCCGAAUGGCCUACUCCUGCACCUAUUUUCUAUGUCUAUGUUUCUAUGAGAGAGUGGUAGAAGCUGUGUUGCUGACAGCACUCCACAAGUGUCUCCAGGAUCACUUCACAUUGCUUAGACAUAGAAGGCUCUGGAUCACGUUCUGAACAACGGGGUUAAUAUGGAUGGUGGCAUCUGGUCAGCAUGGAUGAGCUGGGCCGAAUGGCCUGUUCCCAUGCUGCACGAUUUUACGAAAGUAACUCCAAGGAUAGUGGGGCCAGUAGUUGAAGGGAAAGGCUUUAAAGUAACAACCUACACAGAGCUUGGUUGGUGAGCAGCUAAAGCGGCACGGUGGCGCAGCGGUAGAGUUGCUGCCUUCCAGUGCCAGAGACCCGGGUUCCAUCCUGACUACGGGGUGCUGUCUGUACGGAGGUUGCACGUUCUCCCCGUGAGCGGGUGGGCUUUCUCUGGAUGCUCUGGUCUCCACCCACAUCCCAAAGGCGACAGGUUUGUAGGUUAUUUGUCCUCGGUAAAAUUGUAAAUGUUCCUGGCGUGUGUGUAGGAUGGUGCUGGCAUGCAGGGAUCGCUGGCCAGCAUGGACCCGGUGGGCCGAAGGGCCUGUUUCCGCGCUGUAUCUCUAAAAGCAGCUCUUGUGAUGGUGUUACUGGAUGGCUGCACGGUAAUUGCGUUUUCAACCUCAUUCCGCUUCACUCUAUGAUCACGGAAAUCACACUUCAACCUAUUUCUUAAGACUAGCAAGUAUUCACUUUGUAUAAUUAUAAUCUGUUGGGAUCAGAUAAUUGGCAGGAUAAUUAAAUUGAUAAUUAAUCUGCCUAAAAUAGUUUAUUUAUGAAUCUCUGCCUGAAGUUGAUUCUCUUUUCUUGGUUUAAUUUAGUUUAGUUUAGCGAUACAGCGUGGAAACAGGGCCUUCAGCCCACCGAGUCCGCAAAGACCAAUGAUCCCCGCUAUUAACACUAACACACACACACACACACACACACACACACACACACACACACACACACACACACACACACACACACACACACACACACACACACACACACACACACACACACACACACACACACACACACACACACACACACACACACACACACACACACACACACGGGCCAAUUUGCAAUUAUUCCAAGCCAAUUAAUCCUACAACCCUCUUUGUCUUUGGGGUGUGGGAGGAAUCUAAAGAUCUCUGAGAAAACCCACGCAGGUCACGGGGAGAACGUACAAACUCCGUACAAGACAAGCACCCAUAGUCAGGAUCGAACCUGGGUUUUUUGGCGCUGUGGGGCAGCAACUCUACCGCUGCGCCACCGUGACGCUGUUUGCUGUCGUGAAUAAUGGACCCCUGUUCUUGUUUGCAAACAUGUUUUUUUUUUAAAUUGUUAUUACAACUGGAACUAAUAUUGUAAUUACACUAAUCAAAGGUCCUAACUUUCCAAGCAGUAGUCAGGGAAUUACAGACCAGAUGGGUUAUGAGUAAUGAAAUAGAACCAGCCAAUUUGUUCUGAGUCUGGUGCUCUUCGACAGAGUCAGAGGGGAGAUUGAAACAGGUUUUAUUUUGCCCUCCCUUCACCCUGCCACCCUCCCCACCCCCUCCCUUUCAACUUCAAUAGAAACAUAGUUGGGAACAUUUAGAUUAGUUUAGAGAAACAGGCCCUUCAGCCCACCCAGUACACGCCGACCAGCGAACUCCACACACUAGAGGCAAUUUUAUCAAGUUAAUUAGCCUACAAACCUGCCCCGGGGAAAAUCCACGCAGGUCACGGGCAGAAUGUACAAACUCCGUACAGACAGCACCCGCGGUCAGGAUCGAACCCGGGUCUCUGGUGCUGUAAGGCAGCAACUCUACUGCUGCGCCACCAUGCUGCCCAGUACUAAGAUUGUGCUUGUAUAUAGUAAUAUUUUUAAUGAACUGCAUGCAAAAAAAAUGAAUGUCACUGUACCUCGGUACAUGUGACAAAGUACCAUUGAACCGUUGAGUAUUGGGACGUCACACACAUAUUUACUGAACAAUUAAAACAACUUUAAGCUUUAUAAACGA